AUGAAGCUCGCCAUCCUUGACGACUACCAAUCCAUCUCCCCAGCAUAUUUCGACCCGCUGCGCCCGCGCCUAACCACCAUAUCCUAUUACCCCGACACGCUGAACCCCCACGACCCCUUGCAGCAUGAAGCACUGAUCGCACGCCUCCAGCCCUACGACAUCAUCAUGACCAUGCGCGAACGCACCCCAUUCUCAUCAUCCACGCUCUCCCGCCUCCCGAACCUGAAGCUCCUCCUCACGACCGGAAGCCGCAAUCUAGCCCUCGACGCGACGUAUGCCGCAUCACGAGGGAUCCCAGUCGCCGGGACUUCCGCGCGCCCUGUCGGCGUGCACUCGACGGUGCAACAUACCUGGGCUCUUAUAUUAGCGUUGGCGCGGGGCGUAGCGCGCGACGAUGCGGCCAUUAAGCGCGGGGAGUGGCAGGGGUCAGAGCUAGGGAUUUCGCUGGCGGGCAAGACGCUGGGCGUGUUGGGGUUAGGGAAGUUGGGAACGGGGGUGGCGAGGAUCGCGGCGCAAGGGUUCGGAAUGCAAGUUAUUGCUUGGUCGACGAACUUGACGCAGGAGAAGGCAGAUGAGGUAGCUCGUGAGGCGGGUCUGGUGGCCGGAAGCAUCAAGGUGUCUGCGACUAAGGCAGAGUUCUUCGCGGCUGUCGACGUGGUUAGCUUGCAUAGCGUUUUGUCUGAACGGAGUCGGGGGAUUGUCGGGGUCGAGGAACUCAAGGGGAUGAAGAAGAGCGCGUUGUUGGUGAAUACGUCUCGGGGUCCGUUGAUUGACCAGGAUGCGUUAUUGGAGACUCUGAGUGGAGGUGGGAUUUGGGGCGCCGCGCUCGAUGUGUUUGAGACGGAGCCGUUGCCGAAGGACAGUCCUUGGAGGACAACGAGCUGGGGAGAAUAUGGUAGAAGCCAGGUACUUUUGACACCGCACACGGGAUACUUGGAUGAGCAGAUCCGUGGCUGGUAUAAGGAAGCUGCGGAGAAUCUGGAGAAGUGGCUGGAUGGGAAGGAGUUGAGUGUUAGAUUGAAUUAG